AUGUGCAACACAACGAUACCUGUCUCUCCCUUCUACGACCAAGAGCCUGGUGCUCCACCACCGUUUCCUCCCAUGCUUACCGACCAGCUUGAGUUAUUUGGAAGUACUCAUCACCCAACUAUACUCAUCUCCGACGAGAUUCUCCCUGCCAAAGCUAGCACCAUCGUCCCACCUAUUCCUGCCCUCAAGGGCACGCCUGAGAUCAAACUUGCGGCGCCAUCAUCCAAGACCAAUCGUUGUUUCUCGCCAUACCCGAAGAGAGUCUCAUUGGAGCGGUUUUCUUCUCGGUCACCCGUAUCUUCCGAUUCUUCCGACUCCAUUGAUUCGGUGUCAGACAGUGGCUCAUCUACUUCGGCCACGAGUCUAUCAGAAGACUCAAAGAUACCCAAGCCCCCUGGCGAACCUGGUCGUCCGUGGUGGGGAGGAUACACACUCCAGGAGAGUUUAAACUGGAGUCCAAAGGCAUACACGAAAUUCAAGAAAUCUAUGCACCACCUUGUCGAGGAACAUCUCGAUACCACAAAGUGCGCCUCUUCCCAAAGCCCUGCGCUCCUGAGAUAUGUGUGCGACAAAGCUGUUGAUGCUUUCCCCGACCUAGACAACUACAGUAGUUGCUGGCCGGUGAAUGAUAUCAUCAUGAUGCAUCUGAAAUACACGUCGGGACGUGCUAGGCAGAAGGAAGCAGGGAUGGCUUUGGGCAAGAGCAAGAGGAAGACACAUACAUCGCCUGCCACUUGA